AUGACGUUUCUGGUUCUUUUGCUUUUGUUUUUAAUUGGAACUGCAGAGACACAGGCUGAUUUUUCUAGCGUUACUCCUGGAACAACAUAUAAUGUGACAGUUUCUUCAGUUUCUUCUUCAGCAUACAGUUCACCAGUCAGUAGAACAGUGACAACUAAUGUAACCUAUCCAGGACCCCCGGUGUUCCUUGCCGGUGAAAAAGUAGGAUCUGCAGGAAUUCUGCUCUCUUGGAAUGUACCACCACAUCCAAAUGGGAGGAUUAUAUCUUAUAUUGUUAAAUAUAAGGAGGUCUGCCCAUGGAUGCAAACAACUUAUACCCAAGUAACAACAAAACCAGAUAGUUUGGAAGUUCUUCUCACCAAUCUUAACCCUGGAACAACUUAUGAAAUUAAGGUUGCUGCUGAGAACAGUGCUGGCAUUGGAGUAUUUAGUGAUCCUUUUCUCUUUCAAACUGCAGAAAGUGCUCCAGGUAAAGUGGUGAAUCUCACAGUUGAGGCAUUAAAUUAUUCAGCUGUAAAUCUGAUCUGGUUUCUGCCUCAGCAACCAAAUGGAAAGAUAACCAGUUUCAAGAUUAGUGUGAAACAUGCAAGAAGUGGAAUUGUAGUGAAAGAUGUUUCUGUUAAAGUGGAGGACAUUCUAUCUGGGAGGCUACCAGAAUGUAAUGAAAACAGUGAAUCAUUUUUGUGGAGUACUACCACCCCUUCAACUACUUUUGGCAAAUCUACAUUUCCUUCACGGGCUAUGUUUACACCAAGUACAGUAGCACCUAGUCAAAUGAGCUCUGUCUGGAAUGAACCUAUUAGUUUUGUUGUGACUCAUCUUAGACCAUACACCACUUAUCUUUUUGAAGUCUCUGCUGUUACCACUGAAGCAGGUUAUAUUGACAGCACAAUUGUCAGGACACCAGAAGCAGUUCCAGAAGAUCCACCCCAGAAUUUUGCCAAAGGCAACAUUACCGGAAAGUCCUUCUCAGUGUCUUGGGACCCACCAACCAUAAUAACAGGAAAGUUUAGUUACAGAGUUGAGUUAUAUGGACCGUCUGGUUAUAUUCUAGAUAACAGCACAAAAGAUCUCAAGUUCACAUUUAGUAAUCUAACACCAUUUGCAACCUAUGAUGUGUAUGUUGCUGCUGAGACAAGUGCCGGGAUGGGGCCUAAAUCUAAUUUAACAGUUUUCACUCCUCCAGAAGUUCCAAGUGCUGUAUCUGAUUUACAACUAGCAGAAGUAGAAGCCACUCUCAUAAGAAUUGCUUGGAGGAAACCAGAACAACCAAAUGGAAUCAUUACUCAAUAUAGGGUUAAAGUGUUAGCUCAGGACACAGGAGUGACUGUGGAAAACACAAUUCUCACAGGGAAAGUUAAGCAUUCGAUGGAUUCUGUGGGUCCAGACAUGUUAAAUGAAAAUAUCCAAUCUACUUUCACUUGGGAUACAGUAGAAACAGCCACUGGAUUAUAUGAAGGCUCAGCUGAGAUGUUUCCCAUGAUACAAACAGUUUCUUCAGUAACAUUUACUAGUCUAUCUAGUGAUAACUUGCCCACCAUAAAUGGAGCAGCAGAACUACAUUCAGUUUCUGUUUUUUUCCUUUUAACCACAGAUAACCAGUAUGUCAUCAUUUCAUCUGAACAGCUGUCAUAUACAGUAAAAGGACUUAUACCUUUCACAGAAUAUACAAUCAGUGUAUCUGCUUUUACCAUUAUUGGAGAAGGGCCUCCAGCUGUUCUCACCGUUAGCACACGUGAACAAGUUCCAAGCUCAGUGCAAAAUAUUUAUUAUAAAAAUAUUAGCUCAUCAUCUAUUUUGCUGUAUUGGGAUCCUCCAGCAAAUCCUAAUGGAAAAAUCACUCAUUAUACAAUUUAUGCAAUGGAACUGGACACAAAGAGAGCAUUUCACAUGACGACUGCGAACAAUAGCUUCCUUAUAACAGGUCUGAAAAAGUAUACAAAUUAUAAAAUGAGAGUAGCAGCUUCCACCACAGUGGGAGAAAGUGCUCUGUCUGAAGAGAACGAUAUUUUUGUGAGAACACCUGAAGAUGAACCAGGCUCCCCACCCCAGAAUGUAGAGGUAUUAAAUGUAACUGCAACAGGAAUAUACUUGAGAUGGUCACCACCAGAGCAACCUAAUGGGAUCAUAACUCAUUAUGAAGUUCUGUACAAUUAUGCCAAUGACUUAUUUAUUAAAAAUACCUCAGCUACAAGUAUUUUUUUUAAUGGCAUGAAACCAUACACUCUCUACAACAUUUCCGUAAGGGCUUUCACUAGACUUGGCCAUGGGAAUCACUCAUCAUUUCCACUGUCUGUCAGAACUUCUGAAACUGUUCCUGAUAGUGCACCAGAAAACAUAACCUACAAGAACAUCUCAUCUACAGAAGUAGAGUUAUCAUUUUUUCCACCAUCUGUUCCCAAUGGGAUUAUACAGAAGUACACUGUAUAUCUCAGGAGGAUUAAUGGAACUGAGCUAAGAAUCAUAAACACUACUCUUCUGACGAUAAGUAUUACAGGUUUAAAGAAAUAUACCAAAUAUACAGUUGAGGUGUCUGCAAGCACUAGCAAGGGUGAAGGGGUUCGUAGUGCACCUCUAAACAUACUGACUAAUGAAGAUGCUCCUAGUUCACCUCCACAAUCCCUCUCGGUAAAACAGUUGUCGGGUGUCACUGUGAAGUUGUCAUGGAAACAACCACUGGAGCCAAAUGGAAUUAUCCUCUAUUACACAGUUUAUGUCUGGAAUUCAAUGUCAAAAAGAAGUGUUAAUGUAACAGAAACAUCACUGAUGUUCACAGACCUAGAAAAUAACAAUGAAUACAAAGUUUAUAUAACAACAAGUACCAGAUUUGGGGAUGGAAACAUAAAAAGUAGCAUUAUAAGCUUCAGAACUUCUGAAGGAGCACCAAGUGAUCCACCAAAAGAUGUCAUGUACAGAAACCUCACUGCAUCAUCAAUAAUGGUUUUCUGGUCCCCUCCUCAAAGGCCUAAUGGGAUUAUACAAUAUUAUUCAGUUUAUUACAAAAAUAAUUCAGGAAUUUUUAUGAAGAAUUUCACCAGCCAAGACAUUGACAGUGGUGUUGACAAUAAAUCUCUGUCUGCAGUAUUAGACAAUUUGGCAAAAUGCAGCUACUAUACUGUGUGGUUAACUGCAGACACUGCCUUUGGAAAUGGAAACAAGACCAGUGAGAUAAUACACGUAUAUACAGAUCAAGAUAUUCCAGAUGGCCCUGUUGAAAGUCUGACAUAUCAAAAUGUUUCUUCAACUGCUAUAAAUGUAAGCUGGCUUCCACCAUCCCAGCCAAAUGGUAUAGUCUUCUUCCUUGUUUCACUAAGUUUAUGGGAUACACAAACAGACAGUGAGAUAUUGUCUCUCAUUACUUACAAUACAAGCGUGUUUUUGGAUAAGCUGGAGAAGUACACCGAUUAUAUUCUGAAAAUCAUUCCAGCAACAGUGAAGGGAUCUUCUAAAAUGCACACUGUGAAACUACACAUCAAAACUGAAGAAGAUGUCCCUGAAUCUUCACCUGUAAUCAGAACGUAUAAGAAUCUUUCAUCUACCUCAGUUAUGUUGUCCUGGGAGCCUCCUCUCCAACCAAAUGGUAUCAUAAUGAGUUAUGAUUUAAAGUUAUAUGGACCAGAAAGGAAUGAUUCUUGGUCUACCUCCAAUAAUUCUAUCAUCCUAGAAGAUCUUUUACCAUUUACACUGUAUAGUAUUUUUGCUGCUGCAAGAACUAUCAGAGGACUUGGUCCCUAUGCUACGCUUAACUUUUACACGGAUGAGUCAGUGCCAUUAGCACCUCCUCAGGAUUUGGCUAUUUUGAACUAUAGUGCCUACUCUGUGUGGCUAAAAUGGAGGCCAAGUCCUCAGCCAAAUGGUGCUAUUAAGAACUAUAGUUUCAAGAUUCAUGAAAACAAGAGUCAUACCAUAGUUUAUCAGAACGUUUCAGGUUCACAGAGUGACGCAAACCUUGUUGGAUUAGAGCCAUUCAGCACCUAUUUUAUCAGUGUCUCUUCUUUUACAAGAGUUGGAAAUGGCAAUCAGUUCAGUAACAUUGUCCAAUUCACAACAAAAGAAUCAGCUCCAGAUGUUGUCCAGAAUGUUCAGUGUACUGCAACAAGUUGGCAGUCGAUUCUAGUGCACUGGGAUCCACCUUCUAAGUCAAAUGGAGUGAUUACACAUUACAUCAUAAUAUUUGAAAGGAAUUCUACAAACAUUUCUGCCUAUGAUAAGGUGCAUACUUUCAGAGAUCUGCUAUCAAAUAUUUCUUACCAAUUUAAAAUAAAAGCUGCAACAUCUGCUGGUGAAGGAAAAGAAAAGAUAUGCAAUGCCAGCACAUUUCCAGAAAAAGUCCCCAGUGCUCCCAGGGAUGUUGCUUUUUCGAACAUUCAAUCAACAAGUGUGAUUUUGAUAUGGAGAACCCCAGAUACUAUCCUUGGCUACUUUCAAAACUACAAGAUUACUACACAGCUACGGUCCAUCCACUGCAGUGACUGGGAAAACAAUGAAUGUAUUGAAUAUGAGAAGGAUCAAUAUUCCUAUGAAACUGGUGUUGAUGACUAUAUGGAGGAGAUAGUACAUGAACUAAAAAAAUUCAGAUGGUAUAGGUUUAAAGUUGCCGCUAGUACAAAUGCUGGCUAUGGCAACACUUCACCUUGGAUUUCUACACAAACUCUGCCUGGCUCUCCAGAUGGUCCUCCAGAAAAUGUAACUGUAGUAGUUACAUCUCCUCACAGUAUUAACAUCAGUUGGAGUGAACCUGACAUUAUUACUGGACCAACAUUCUACCUCAUAGACAUUACCUCAGUAGAUAGUGAUGAUUAUAAAGCUUCAUUCCUCAAGACAAAUUACGAGGGUAAAACCCUGGAAAUUUCAGAUUUAAAAUCAUUCACAAGAUAUUCUGUAGUAGUCACUGCUUUUACAGGAGAUGUAAAUGCUGCACGUAUUGAAGGCAAGUCUAGUACUUCAGUAAUUGUCUCCACAUUUGAGGCAGUGCCUAAAGACCCACCUAACAACGUAACAUUUCAGAAGAUACCAGAUGAAGUAACAAAAUUCCAAGUGACGUUUGUGCCAUCAUCUGAACCCAAUGGAAAUAUUCAAGUAUAUCAAGCCAUGAUUUACAAAGAAGAUGACCCUGCUGUUUUCCAGAUUCAUAAUCUAAGUGUCAUUGACAAAACAAAUAAAUCGGUCACUGCAGUGAUAGAGGGGCUAAAAGGAGGACAUACGUAUAAUGUCAUUGUGUAUGCAAUAAAUGGUGCUGGUGCAGGGCCAAAAAUCCAACUAAAAAUAACUAUGGAUAUUAAAGAACCACCAAGACCUAAUAAGAAACCAACACCAGUUUUUGAUACUAGCGGGACACUACUUGUUACUGCUACAACAAUUACUAUCAGAAUGCCAGUAUGCUACUAUAAUGAUGAUCAUGGACCUAUCAAGAAGAUACAAGUUCUUGUUGCAGAAGCAGGAGUUCAGCAUGAUGGAAAUGUUACUAAGUGGUAUGAUGCCUACUUCAAAAAACCCAGGCCAUAUUUUACAAAUGAAGGCUUUCCAAACCCACCCUGUACAGAAGGAAAGGAAGGACUGAGUGGCAAAGAAGAUAUGUAUGUUAUAGGUGCUGAUACUACAUGCAUGAUACCUGGGAGUGAAGAUAAAAUCUGCAACGGCCCCCUAAAACCAAGAAAGCAGUACUUAUUUAAGUUCAGAGCAACAAAUGUUAAAGGCCAGUUUACAGAUUCAGACUAUUCUGACCCUGUCAAAACUUUAGGUGAGGGACUGUCAGAAAGAGCUGUAGAAAUAAUACUUGCAGUUACCUUGUGUAUACUUUCCAUAAUUCUUCUUGUGGUGGCAAUCUAUGCUUUUGCAAGAAUCCGACAAAAGCAAAAAGAGGGAGGCACCUACUCCCCGCGGGAUGCAGAAAUUAUUGACACUAAAUUCAAACUGGAUCAGUUGAUCACAGUGGCAGACCUGGAACUGAAGGAUGAGAGAUUUACUCGGUUACUUAGUUAUAGAAAAUCCAUCAAGCCAAUAAGCAAGAAAUCCUUCCUACAACAUGUUGAAGAACUUUGCACAGACAACAACCUAAAGUUUCAAGAAGAAUUUUCGGAACUUCCCAAGUUUCUUCAAGACCUUGCUUCAACUGAUGCUGAUCUGCCUUGGAACAGGUCUAAGAAUCGCUUUCCAAACAUAAAGCCAUAUAAUAACAACAGAGUAAAGCUGAUAGCUGAUGCUGGUAUUCCAGGAUCUGAUUACAUCAAUGCCAGCUAUGUGUCUGGCUAUUUGUGUCCAAAUGAGUUUAUUGCUACUCAGGGACCAUUACCAGGAACAGUGGGUGAUUUCUGGAGAAUGGUGUGGGAGACUAGAGCAAAAACGCUUGUGAUGCUUACGCAAUGUUUUGAAAAAGGACGGGUAAGAUGUCACCAAUACUGGCCAGAAGACAACAAACCAGUGACUGUGUUUGGAGAUAUAGUGAUUACCAAAUUAGUGGAAGAUAUUCACAUAGACUGGACUAUCAGGGAUCUAAAAAUUGAAAGGCAUGGGGAUUGUAUGAUGGUACGUCAGUGUAACUUUACUGCCUGGCCUGAACAUGGAGUCCCUGAAACUACAGCACCAUUAAUCCAUUUUGUCAAGCUGAUCCGUGCAAGUCGAGCACAUGAUAACACACCUAUGGUUGUUCACUGCAGUGCUGGAGUUGGAAGAACAGGGGUUUAUAUUGCACUUGAUCACUUAACACAACAUAUAAAUGAUCAUGAUUUUGUGGACAUGUAUGGACUUGUAGCUGAGCUGAGAAGUGAGAGAAUGUGUAUGGUACAGAACCUGGCACAAUAUAUAUUUUUGCAUCAGUGUGUUUUGGACCUAUUGACAAGCAAGGGAAGCAGUCAGUCCAUAUGUUUUGUAAAUUAUUCAGCACUGCAAAAGAUGGACUCUUUGGAUGCCAUGGAAGGUGAUGUGGAACUUGAAUGGGAAGAAACUACCAUGUAAAUAUUUAAAGCAAAGAUUAUUAGGUCUUGAAAACCAAAUGGUAUUUUUCUAAAUGCAGGGGCCAAAACAAAUCCCCUUAUAAUGAAUUAAAAACAAUCAUUUUUUAAAAAAAUGUUGAAAUGGUUCCUUUUCUAUCAAUGUGCCUUCAUAAAUGUGAUAAAUUAUUUUAUGCAAAUCACUAGGCAAUAAAGAUCAGCAAUACUUUUGCCCAGAUUGCAGUUCUGUUAUUAUGUAAAUAACUCAGUAUGUAUUUAAAUUGAAAGUGUGCUCUCAACAAAUGCCCCUUUUCCCCAGUUAUCUUGUAAAAGAUUAAAAAUUAGCCAAAUGUGAAGGAAAAUGUUCAUAUUCCUAAUGUGCAUAAUUCAGUGUGAAUUUGCUGUAUUCUUUUGUUUGGUUUUGAGUAAAAGCUUGAAUUCUUUGACUCAGUCAUGUUAGUUUGGCCUCCAGGGUGUUGACAAUUCUUGUGGAUUACUUCCAAUACUGUCACGAUGAUCUUUACCUAAGUGUAUGUUCUUGUGUUUUAAAUCUGCUGUUUUAUGAGUGCUGGAUAUCAUCUCAUGAUCCUGAACAGCUGAAGAGUCACCCCCUGACACUGCGAGGAUUAUUCAGCUUUUGUACAGCACACAGUAGCUCUUCAGGGAUAGUUGGGGCUAUUUAAGCUAACUUGUGAUCACUCGGUUGUUGUUUUUAAAUGUUGCUAGUGAUUGCACGUUUGAUGAUGAAGAAAGGAUCUCACAUUCCUGCUACUUUUGUAAAACUGAAAGGAAAAAAAAAUAAUAAAGUUUUAAAUUUAUUACAUAUUAUAAUGCAUGGUAGAUUGAUUUGAGUAAUGUACUGUAUACCUUCAU